AGACAGAAAACGAAAAAUUACAAAAGAAGAUAAAAGAGAAGAAAGAAGCAGAAAAAUUUAGAAAGCAGAAACAAAAACUUCAAGAAACUGAGAAAAGGAUACAAAGUUUAAUAAACGCCACGGAAAUGUCGAAGGCAGAUAAGAUGAAAUAUGUUUCUGUAAUCUAUUAUAUUCGACUUCUUCAAUAUGAAUCAUCUAAAAUAGAAGCAAGUCAAGUUGUGGCAACUAUUCAUAAUGGUGGUAAUCUCUUAUCUCCAUCUCAAUAUGGAAAGCACCCAUCACAAUUACUUCUUUAUGAUGAAGAUGUCUCAUUAAAAAUAGCAAAUUACUUAAAAGCAACAAAAUUUAAAGUAAAUUCAAGACUUGUUAAACAAUACUUUGAAAAUAAUAUUUUACCUGAACUUUAUAUUAAUUAA